AUGGAGGCGCUGCUGCCCGUCUACGAGGAGGCCGCCGUCUCGCGCUUCUACAACGACGCGCUGGUCGCGGCCGUCGAGUCGGUCGUCGCCGCCCUCCCGCCCGGCCGGCUGCUUUGCGUCAUCGAGGUUGGCGCCGGCACCGGCGGCACGGCAGCGAGCGUGCUGCCGUCGCUCGAGCUGUCUUGCGCGCGCUACACCUUCACCGACGUGUCGGAGGUCUUUCUGCGCCAGGCGGAGCCGCGCUUCGCGCGCUUCGCCCGCUUCAUGCAGUACGAGCUGCUCAACAUCGACGCAGACCCGCGGCUGCAGGGCUUCGCCGCGGCGCAGUUCGACGUCGCCGUCGCCACCAACGUGCUGCACGCGACGCCCUUCAUCCGCCACACCCUCCGCAACUGCCGCCGGCUGCUGCGGCCGGGCGGGCUGCUGCUCGUCAACGAGGCGCUGGCCACGAGCGCCUUUGCGCAGAUCACGUUUGGCCUCACGGACGGCUGGUGGCUCUUCGCG